AUGGUCACCACAACGACGUCCUUUGGCAGCGAUGAUCCUACAAUCGUCCCCAUCAUUGUGCCCAUCGGCAAACCGCCUGUCAUCUGCUGGGGCUGUGUAACCUUUCCCGCAAACGUCCAGUUCAAGCUUCCCGAGUUUUGUGUUCAGAUCUUGGGCUUCAGGGUCGGCAACUGUCCUGAUGACAACAGCGAGAACAAGAAUGGGAAAGAAAAAGAAAACGAGAAUGAAGAAAGGACAAAAACAACAACUACCACAACAAGCUGCUCCACAACGGUCACAGCCACCUAUGCCAGUGUCUUCUGCACGGUAACUCUUGAUCUAGACCAGCCUGAGAGACGCAGGCGGGACGAGGGCUGCUCAACUCUCGAGUACGAAACCAAGACCGCCUGCGAAACGAUCACGGGGGCCACGACAACAACAGCAACUACCGUGAAGCCAGAGCCAACUAUUUUCUCUCCAGGAACAUGCGGCGAGGGUGCAUGUCCGAUUGGGAAGAAGGUGCUUGCGAAGAGGGCGCCACCCGGGCCAAAGAGUCAACCCAACGCACAUUCUUGGUUUGGACCAGAACAUUAUACCAACAAGUUUGAAUUUAUGAGAGGAGAAACCUACAAGGCAUAUCAAGAUCCCUCUUCUAGCGUGAAUCUUCAAAUGGAAGGAACCGAGGAAUUUUCCACUGGAAAGUGGGCGGCAUUUGGCGAUGACCUAACGACUGUGGCCGUCGCAGGACUCUGGGGCUGUACAUCAGUCAUUGCCGUUUCCAAAAGGGGCGUAUGGGUUUCCCAUUUCUGGGAGCGUCGGCCUGAUCUAGUGCUGGCCACGCUUGGAGAUCUUACAGGCGGCGUGCCUGACUUCAUCGACGAAGGGCUUGGCAUGUUCCGUGGCAAGGCCGGCCCUAACGGGAACAUGUUUGAUGAUGAUGCUGAGCCACAGGUCUUCAUUGUUACCCGAAAAGAGCGGCCCACCGACAUGUUUCUUCAAGGUGCACCAGGCGAUGUCGCGCUCUUGGCACUCAUCAGGGCCGAGCUCGAUGUGUGGUGGCGGAGAGGAUCGAAUCACGGACCGCAGCGGGAGAUGACCUACGACCCAAUCAUCCCAGAAGGGCAUGCGCCAAAUGAUCCCCGAUACCCAGGAGACCCGGAGUUCUUCUUGUUCCGGGGAAAGGCUAUGAUCCAGUAUCAACCAGCUAUCGCCUGCGGCGGGGGCGGCUCGAUGAAAAUCGCAAGAGAAGCUGGGUAUCGAGUUUGGGUGGAGGCAGAGAAACUCAGAGAUGGCGAGAAGAACUGGAAGCCUUCCGGCAACGAGCAGAUCAGGACCCUCUCGAAGCGGCAAGAGAGCUGCCCAGUCAACGGCAACCCGGGCGGUGACAAUCCUGGCGGUCUGGAUGGCGAAGAUGACGACAAUACCCCACCACCCAAGAAGGCUUGCUCCUCCAACGCAGACUGCUCCGGCCCUUGGUGUACAGGUGGCGGUAUGACAAGCUUCUGUGAUGCAGGCGUGUGCGGUUGCCAAACAUCAAAGACGCCUCCUCCUCCUCCAAGAAAGCAGUGUUCUUCUAGCUCAGGCUGCUCCGGCCCCGAGUGUACGGGGGGCAGGUCCCAGUACUUAUGCGAGGAGGGAUUCUGCGUCUGCAAGGCGCCCCAGGAUCCCAGCAUCUGCACAACCGCGAAGACGUGCGGCUACCUCGAUUGCAACUCGAGACAGGAUAAGGCCUGCGCCGACGGAAGGUGCAAGUGCGUGGAGAAGACUUGCUCAAACGUUGAUGCCUGCGGGUUCCUCAGAUGCUCUGGUUCCCAGGAGAAGGCUUGCACCGGCGGCAGAUGCAGCUGCAAAGAUAGACAGGCACCGGCGUUCGUAUCCGGCCUCUGCAACACUCACAUCAGGAUAUACGGCAGCGAAAAGCGCUUUUCUGCCAGUAUAAUCGUAUACGACGGCUCGGGGGCUGAGCUUUACCGGAAUCCUAAUAUCAACACGGAGUACUCGUGGGGCGAAACCAUCAUGCUGAACACCGGCAAGCUUCCCUACGCGCUCAAAUACGAGUUCCUCGACAAGUGGCUCGGUAGCACCAAGAAGCGCGACCAUCCGCCGAGCUUGAUCGGACCUAAUCCCCUCAGGUAUCAGACCUACAGCGUCAGAAUCACGGCGGGUAACACGAUUUGGAGCACCAUGGACGAGGACAAGGCCAGGAAGAUGGUGCCGAGGUGUGAGGUUGGCAACUGGGACACUCAUGGCACUUGGGACCCAAGCGAGAUCGUCGCCGAUUUCAUUGACGCUAUUCUGGGCCAGGGAGGAAAGGUACCAACAAGGGACAUGGAUUGUCGAUGGCGGUGUUGA